AUGGGGGCAAGUUGCUAAUCUUGUUGUGCUAAUAAGGACAAUGAUAAUACAGAAAUGAAAUUAACUUAGGAUAAAGCAAAACCUAAGUCUAAUAAAUAAGAAAAUGAUCAAAAAAAAGAAGAAUAAAAGGUUUAAGUUAAAGAACAUGAAAGAUUUAAUAUUGAUUAAGAAUAAUAAAAAUAAAAGAAAGAUUCAAAAAAAGAACAAAAAAAAGAAUCUGCAAAAGAAGCUCCUACUAAGAAUGUUGAUGAAAAUUCAAAAAAAUCAUUAGAAUAAGAUAAAUAAUUAAAUAUAUCUGCAAACCAUUCAGUUAGUAUGAAUGUAGCAAGUAAUCAAGAAGGAAAUGACCUCAUUAAAAGUACUAUGAAUUGUACUGAAAGAAAGAAGUUACCUCCAAUAUAACUAGAGUCUGGUGCUGUUUAUGAAGGAGAGUGGAAAAAUGGUAUGAGAGAUGGAUAUGGAAAAUAAAAAUGGCCAGAUGGUUCAAUUUAUGAAGGAGAAUGGGUUGAAGAUAAGUCUUCAGGAAGAGUAAAAUUAAACUAUUAUAUAUAGGGUAGAUUGACUCAUGCAGAUGGAGAUGUUUAUGAUGGAGAAUGGAAAAAUGAUAAAGCUAAUGGUAAAGGAACAUAUGUACAUGUAAAUGGUGCCAAAUAUGAAGGAGAGGUAAAAUUAAAUUCUAUUUCUAGUGGGAAAAUGAUAAAUAACAUGGUAAAGGAGUUGAAAAUUGGCCAGAUGGAGCUAAAUAUGAAGGUUAAUAUUUUGAAGGUAAAAAACAUGGAAAAGGUAUACUCAAUUUUGCUGAUGGUUCAAGAUAUGAUGGUAUAGAUUUAAUCAAUAUUUUAAGGUGAGUUCCNGAUAGUAUUCGAAGUUUAUAAACAAUCAAAGUUGAUUUUAAAGAACCUUUUUAUCCAACAGUAAUUUGUUGGAGAUGUUUUGGUUUUAUAGUUCAACUUAGGAGCAUAAAUUAUUAGAAGUAAUUUGAGAGAGAAAUUUCUCUUUAAGAUAAUGAGAAUAUGA